AUGACGCAGCGCAAUCACCCGAUCGACGACGACCUCCUCAAGCAGCGCCUCAAGAGCACCGUCGACGGCUACUUGACGCUCACAGCGCCGUUUGGUGAGGCGCCCCCGGCCUUUAUGAUCCUCGCCUUGUCGUGCAUUUCGUAUGCGCCGGCGAAGCGCCCGACCGCGUCCGAAGCCGUGCGUCGUCUCGAGGAGCAGCUCAACGAAAUGGCCGAGAAGGAGGCCAACGUGACGCCCGUGAGCACGGCGCGGCCCGUCGUCGCCAUCGACCUGGCCAUCACCAAAGCAUCUGGGCUCUCGUCGACCUCGGCGACCUUGUACUGCACGGUGGCGCUGGACGAUGUGAACCGGACGGCGCUCGAUACGACGCCUGCCAAGAGCGAGGGCGGCGUGUACAGCUGGCCGACGCCGCUCACGUUCAGUGACGUCAAGCCGCUCGAGUCCAUGCUCGACUUGACGCUCAUGUCCAAAGGCAUGUUCUCCGACUCCAAGGUCGGGAAGGCUUCGAUGCGGCUGGAGGACUUGCUCAGCGUCGACGACGACGACGCGACAGAGACGCCGAGCCUCGACGCGCCGCGGACGGCGACGGUGGAUCUCUUCUCGAGCGGCGAGCGCAAGGGUUCGCUCGAGGUGUCGGUGACGUUCAGCACCGACCUCCGUGCGUACUUGGCGUUGUACGUGGAAGAGAAGACGAAGCUCAUUAGCUUCUACGCGGGAAAGAACGCCAACCACAACAGCGAUUAUCAGCGGAAACGCGACAUGGCCGCCGUGCUCCUCGCGACCGCGCACCCGUAG